GUUCGUAAUGCAGGAGAUACGAAUUGAGACAAAAUCCCCCAAGAUUGUUUCACUUAUAUCCAUAAACGAAGAAGAAAAGAAAAAAGAAAAAGCCCACAUGUCACCGACAUGUCCCGUAUUCCACUUCCUAUUCUCGCCGAACGCGAGUACGUCGGAAACCCCACCGAGCAUAGAGUCAUGAUCAAGUACUGUCUGUACUGGGGGAUUGUGGAGCACCACCGUCUAGUGACGUAUGCGGAGGUUUAUAUUCCCUCGUCCUCCUCUUUACCUUUCCCUUGUUUCUCUUCUUAUUUUCUAAGUUUCAUCUUCGGGUAACGUCUUCUGGGUCACGUUCUCCUCAUCAUUCCUUCUUACCUCCUGCAUUAUAAACGUUAUCUGGGAGACCAAAAAAAGAAAAUAUCCCAGCCAUUAUGUCAACAUUUGCCUUUGCCAACUCUAGCGAAAAGGUCCCUGGUAAUGGAACCCUUCCUGCCGAGUUCACAAUAAAAGCCUCUCCGGGAACGGAUAUAUGGUCGAAACCUCCAUCCACGGAAAGAUUCAACGCUCCCAUCCUAUACCAGAGCGUCCCGCUGAAUUCAUUCAAACGGGCUAGGGUUGCGUUCAAUGCCUUUUGGAAAGACAAAUACGACCAGGGUGGACUCGUCCUUGUUUUGAACAGCGCAAAUGGUCCUCAGAGAUGGGUUAAGACGGGUAUUGAGCUCACUCAUGGUAGAGCCCAUUUGAGCACCGUUACGAAAGAUAGAUUUGCGGACUGGAGUUUACAACCGGUUCCGUCAGGUGGUGGAGCAGCAACGCUGGAAAUCGUUAGAGAACCAGACAACAGUCUGUGGAUCUACUUAGUUGAAGGUGUGCAGAAGAAUCCUCUACGUGAGAUUACUUGGUUUUUCGAGGAACAGGACGUCCAAGAUCUCUGGGUGGGACUAUACGCAGCGAAACCUUCUAACGAGGGUCAGGAUCUGGUGGUCAAUUUCGGGCACCUAAUUAUUGACACGGUUUGAUCUGGCGGGCAGAUAGGCAGACCUGGGUAUAAUCAUUAUAGUAAUUAGACUCUGUGUGUGAGGUAAAUUGCUUAUUGAACGAUCAAUUCGUCAACACUCGGGUAUACUGGCAGUGCUAUGGACAUAGAAGCAUGCUAGUGUGGAGAUAAUAUCUGCAAUUGUUACCGUCAACUUGUACCAAC